AGUACGUUUUAAACCAUAGACAUUAAAACAGCCCAAAUUAGGAUAGAGACGGAAAUUCACAUAAAAUCUUUAAUAUUCUUUAUAAUCUAAUCUUCACAAUUCACAUCCUCGAUAGCCAUGCGUGAGUGUAUCUCGGUGCACGUUGGUCAGGCAGGUGUCCAGAUUGGAAAUGCCUGCUGGGAGCUUUACUGCCUGGAACAUGGGAUCCAGCCUGAUGGACAGAUGUACGAAAAGAUGCCCAGUGAGAAGAACCAUGGGGAUGAUUCCUUCAACACCUUCUUCAGCGUGACUGCAGCUGGAAAGCAUGUCCCCAGAGCUGUUUUUGUGGACCUGGAGCCCACUGUUAUCGAUGAAGUGCGAACUGGGACCUACCGGCAGCUGUUCCACCCUGAGCAGCUGAUCACUGGCAAGGAGGAUGCUGCUAACAACUACGCCCGUGGACACUACACCAUUGGCAAAGAGAUCAUUGACCUGGUGUUGGACAGGAUCCGCAAACUGGCGGACCAGUGCACUGGUCUUCAGGGAUUCCUGGUUUUCCACAGCUUCGGCGGUGGCACCGGCUCUGGUUUCACCUCCCUGCUGAUGGAGCGUCUGUCUGUCGAUUAUGGCAAGAAGUCCAAGCUGGAGUUCGCCAUCUACCCAGCUCCUCAAGUGUCCUCAGCUGUGGUGGAGCCGUACAACGCCAUCCUGACCACCCACACCACCCUGGAGCACUCUGACUGUGCCUUCAUGGUGGAUAACGAGGCCAUCUACGAUAUCUGCCGCAGGAACCUGGACAUUGAGCGUCCCACCUACACCAACCUGAACAGGCUGAUGAGUCAGAUCGUGUCCUCCAUCACUGCCUCCCUCCGUUUUGACGGUGCCCUUAACGUUGAUCUGACAGAGUUCCAGACCAACUUGGUGCCGUAUCCACGUAUCCACUUCCCUCUGGCCACCUAUGCCCCUGUCAUCUCUGCUGAGAAGGCUUACCAUGAGCAGUUAACAGUGUCAGAAAUCACUAACGCCUGUUUUGAGCCAUCCAAUCAGAUGGUGAAAUGUGACCCUCGCCACGGCAAAUACAUGGCCUGCUGCCUUUUGUACCGUGGUGAUGUGGUGCCCAAAGAUGUUAACGCUGCCAUCGCCACCAUUAAGACCAAGCGCACCAUCCAGUUUGUGGACUGGUGCCCCACUGGUUUCAAGGUGGGCAUCAACUACCAGCCACCCACUGUAGUUCCUGGUGGGGACCUGGCCAAGGUCCAGAGGGCGGUUUGCAUGCUGAGCAACACCACUGCCAUCGCAGAGGCCUGGGCUCGGCUUGAUCACAAGUUUGAUCUGAUGUACGCUAAGCGUGCUUUUGUUCACUGGUAUGUGGGCGAGGGUAUGGAGGAGGGAGAGUUCUCUGAGGCCAGAGAGGACAUGGCAGCUCUGGAGAAAGAUUAUGAGGAGGUUGGAGUUGAAUCUGUUGAGGGUGAGGGUGAAGAAGAGGGCGAGGAGUAUUAGAAAGAACAUGAGGCCACUAGUUUAACAGGGCAUUGUGGUUUUAAAUAUGUUGGUUCCAAUGUUUGUGCUGUGAAAUGCCAGUUUGGCUAUGUUCUAAAUAAAUAUCCUGUGGCAUAUGAAGCUGUGUAUGUGUUUGUUGAAUCUGAAUUACUUUGAUCUUUUGGGUGAUGAAUGAAAAUCAGUAGUUGUUUAAUUAGUCUUUCAAAAUUUUGAAAUUCUGAAUCCAGCUGUAGACAUGAUUUUAAGACACCUGCAUAACUGAGUGAACAUAGAAUGCUGCCCAUGCAUGUUUUGCAAAAUGUCU